AUGAGUUUGGGAAUUCACUUUAGCAAAAAUCCUCUUGACAAGAUCAUUGGUCUCUCCAUUGUGCUAUCUAUGGGAUUCCUUUUGGUUAUACUUGCUGGAAUAUAUGGCAAUUGGUUUCCAAUAGUGGAUGGGAUCAUAUUUGCUGUGGCAUAUUUGCCAGUGGUGGUUACACAAAGUGCAUUCAAUCUGAGUGACUACGACUUUAAUUUUGAUCCCAGUACAACUUCAAGAACCCUGGUUAUCAAAGAGUUUGGCAUGUUUGUCUCAGCUGCACUCUUUGUUACUGGUGUCUAUUUGCCAAUUCUUCUCCAUCACUCGCUAAUUUUGACCAGAACGGCUGUGAUAUUAACUUUGUUUGGUGGAUUUUUGAUUUAUGGCACCGUCUACACAUUUAGCCGAGCAUUUGAUAAUCCAGAAGGCGAGGCUGAUGACUUAGGAGGCGGAGUCAUCUGA